AUGGCGUGCUCUGAAGUGCAGAAGCAAGUGCUUCCUAUGGAAUUGGACAGAGGCGGUGCAUUUGAUUUCUCCAAUUGUAUUCGAAAUAUGGCUUUAGCUAGAAUGGGAGGCAUAGCUCCAAAAGUGCGAUCUACUGGUACGACGAUUGUCGCAACUACUUACAAGGGAGGGCUUGUGAUGGGUGCUGAUUCUCGGGCUACGGCAGGAAAUAUUAUUGCUGAUAAACAUUGUCAGAAGGUGCACUGCCUAACCGAUUCCAUUUACGCAUGUGGAGCUGGUACAGCCGCCGACCUUGACCAGGUCACAAAGAUGCUGUCGGGCACUCUGCGUUUAAUGGAACUGAAUACAGGAAGAAAAGCUAGAGUCAUAACUGCUCUUCGUCAUGCAAAACAGCACCUUUUCAACUACCAAGGAUACGUUGGAGCGUAUCUUCUAAUUGGUGGUGUUGACCCGACUGGACCUCACCUAUAUGAAUGUUCAGCAAAUGGAACCACCAUGGCAAAGCCAUUCGCUUCGCAAGGCUCUGGGAGCUAUGCAGCGAUUUCAGUACUGGAAAGAGAUUUCAAGCCCGAUAUGACGGAGGAAGAAGCGAUAAAUCUUGUGCAACGUGCACUUCAAGCUGGCAUGCACGGAGACAACGCUUCUGGAAAUAGUUUGAAUCUUGUCAUCAUGCGUCCUGGGAAGACGGAGUUUAAAGGUCCAAUAGUGCCCGUGUUCUGCAAGAAACCCGAACCAGUUGACCUGUCGUACAAAUUCAAAACAGGCUCGACGAAAGUUCUUAAGAGGAAGACAAUUAAAUUCGACGUAAUUGAAUCAAUGGAUGUAUCUCAUUAA